AUGUCUGUUAUUGUCAUCGCUGUAGCCACUGAAAGUGGCGUACCAAUAUUUACAAGAAAACGCGGCAAUAAUGAAAAUAUACAAUUUUCUACGAUUGCUUCCCUUCAUGGCAUCAAUAUGUUCAGUAAAUGCCAUAAUUUAUCUGUUAUAAAUACACAUCUUGAAAAUGGAAGCAUUCUCUGGAAAGAAUAUUUUAAAAGUGUAACACUAAUAGGCAUUGUAACAGGUGGGUUGGAAUGUGACCUAGAACAUCUACUGUCCAACAUAAAUGAUGCCAUGGUAUUUUGUGUAGGAAAAAAAGAAUUGGAGAAUCUCAAGAAUAUAGACCAAAUAAAAAGAGAUUUACGGCAAUGCUAUCCAAUUUUAGAUUAUUUGCUGGAGUCAUUAGAUCCCAAUACUUUGCCACGCAUGACUUUGGUCCUUGAUCUAAUUCAAAGUUUUCUGUGUUCACAAUCACAACAAUUGCAGCAAGUCUUAGAUAACUAUGCAGAAAAAGUUACAGGCAGAUGGGCAUGUUUGAGUAUUCAUGGACACUUGGUGGCAACAAGCUCAGAUUUCUCUGAGUUAGACCCAAGGGAGGCGCGAUUGCUCCUUCUCGCAGCGGCGCAAGAUGGCGCCCCUUUAAGAGAUACUUUAGUUUAUCUGCCAUAUAUGAGUCCGGAUGUAGCAUUCAGAGCGGUGACAUGUAAACUUUUAGCGGACGUAUACGUACUCGUGGUAUGCGGCGCGACGCCUGCCUUGUCUCAAAUCGACGAAAUAGUAUUACAAUGUUGGGAGGGCUACGCACAAAUAAUAAAAGAAGCUAAACUCAUUCACCCAAGAAACUUCCCUUUGAGUAUCACAUUCGAGCCAUGUGUUUUGGGCAUUUUCAUCGUGAACAUAACUCUGCGGAGGUUUGUUUUCUCCCGUCACCUGCAAUUAUCGAACCAAAAGACCAGAGGGAUGUCAGGGUUUCAUCGUAUGGACAUUUUGCGAACAUUUUACGUUACCUCUGCGAGAGAUUUGGCUCCGGAAUUAAACAUUCGAGAAAUUUUAGAAAAGGAUAUAGAUAACGAAUCAUCAAUCGGCAAGAUGUGCGAAACGUACUGGUGUUCCGAAUAUCACAAAUGUCACGCGCAGCGAUCCGGUAACCUUCUGUGUUGUGUGCUCUAUGCCCCUAACAUACCAACACAUACCAUGAGAUUGCUGACGAGCCAAAUGUUGCAAGAAUUCCAUUCCAAUAAAGACAUACAUUGGUGA